CUGUUCGGAGGGUUUAGGGCAAUGCCUAGAAAACCGUCAUUUAGUUUCAGCCAAGAAAAAAAACAGAACAAAUCUCCAUUGUCGACAUGUGUAAUCUCAAACUGUGUUCGUGUUUUUCGGGACAUUUUAUUUUGUGGUUUUCAUGGGGGUUUUGACCGCACAGACUCAGACGCAGCUUUAAAGUCGGGUGUUUUUCCGAACCAUGUUUUUCUCUGCAUCUUCGGGGUUUUUUUUGGGCCAUCGGUGUUCUUCAUGAUCCAAUUCUUGCUUAAAACCCUCUUUGUUUCCCCCUUCAAAUAAUCCGAAAUCAAACCCAAACCGCCAUUAACGACAAGGAUCUUGAAGCUCUCUCCUGUUUUUCUCCUCAUCGAAGAAACAAUCAAUCUUGUUUUGCGUUUCGAAGAACAUAUGUUGGACUGCGGUUUCAAUGGCUACCAGCUUCCAGUGGUUCCUCGAGCCUGUAGAUCACCGAGAGGACGGGCCCCGAUCACAAAGAGAUCCAUCAAGAAUCAAAGAGACGAUUUCGAGAUUUCCGCCCGAGUGGUCGAGAAAUUCUCAGACGAACGUGAAAGCAAAGCAUCUCUCGACACACUAAGCCGAGAGACAGAAGAUAUAGAAGAAGAAGAAGACGAAAGAGAAGAGAGAAGCCCUGUCAGUAACUUACUGGAGGCAAUGGAAGUAGAAGUGAAACCCAUUCCAUGUGUUACUCGGGAGAGAACUCCGAAUGUUUCUUUGUCUAAAGACUGGUUAGCUCUCGGUCCUUCCAUGGCUAACUGCUCAUUGAAACGAGAAGAUUGCAGAGUAGAAGAGCCGACAAGAAGCGAAGAAGGAGACGAAAAGAAACCCCGAACCUGGAAGAGCGUUUCCGGGUCCAAGAUCGAUGGGAAAAGGAAGAUGAGUUACCCGAAAGAGAGGGUUUCGUCUAAUACGAACUCUCACCAGGAAUCGGAGAGGAUGUAUCCAUUCAAGAAAAGGAAGUUCUUUCACCAGAACCAUCGAUUUGAAUCAUGUAAAAACGUCAAAUUCAACAUCAAAUCUUUCAAAAUCCCAGACCUUUUUGUCGACAUUCCAGUAUCAGCCACGGUUGGAACCCUGAAGGCGACGGUAAUGGAAGCAGUGACGAAGAUUCUUAACGACGGGCUAAAGGUCGGAGUCCUUCUCCGAGGAAAAAACGUCGGAGAUGACUCCAAAACCCUAAUUCAGACAGGAAUUCGCCGAGAUGACAAUCACGGUUCCGUGGGAUUCACGUUAGAGCCACCAAAACCAGGAUCAACAACCAAAACCCUACAAACGAGAAGAAGUGUAAACCGGCGCGUGGAGAACACGGCGGUUUCGGUAGUACCGGUUCGUAUUAAACCGAUCAGCAGACCGGAGACGAUUUCGGUUCAACGUCGAAUCAGACGACCGUUUACCGUUUCUGAAGUGGAAUCUUUGGUUCAGGCGGUCGAGAAGCUCGGUACCGGAAGGUGGCGAGAUGUGAAGUCUCACGCAUUUGACGAUGCAAAUCAUCGAACAUACGUUGACUUAAAGGAUAAAUGGAAGACGUUGGUUCACACGGCGAAGAUAUCACCAAGGCAGAGGAGAGGUGAACCGGUGCCUCAGGAGCUACUGGACCGGGUUUUAACCGCUCAUGCCUUUUGGUCCGACCGGUGAAUACAAUUGAAGCCUCUUUUAUAUAUUUUUUUUUUUGUUUUUAAAGGCAUUUCAUAUAUAAAUUGAAUUACACAUUGUCAACGGGAAAUAAUUUUUCGAUUU